UUCACAUCCGGAGCCUAGAGUGAAAUCUAGUGAAGCAAUGAGGCUUGCUGAACUCUACGGAGUUCAGCUGCGAUGAUUCUAGCCCAGUCUGAACGAACUUGCGGUCUAGACGGACUCAGAAACUUGAGCUAUGAAGCAUGAAGGCACCCUGAGCUAUUAUGUAUAAGAAUCGCUGGUCAAAGCCGGAAGAAACAUAUUUCUUACUCACACACUCCCUCACUAAACAUUUCAACUGAAGCGGCUUAAGUCUUUUUUACGACUCUUUACAGUCAGCGCUCAUCCCAUACAUCAAACAGAACGAGCACUUGAUCACAUCAGGUUCUUGUCCUCCGCCACAAUGAAGUCCUCCAUCAUCACUGCUCUCGUCGGCGGCAUCAUCGCACAACGUGCCGCCGCCACCCCGGCUGACGAACUAUUCGCACGUCAAGCCGCCUGCAACCGUGAUAACUGCUUCCGCGCGCUUCUCGGUGCCAAGCCCGGCCCGGCUUCGGCGUCGGCAGACUGUUCAUCAUGGAUGCAGGUCACUGAGACGCCUUGCACCUCAACUGCAACCCAGACAGCCACCGUCACUUCGUACACUACCACCUUGGCCAAUGCCUACCCGGGACUCAAGAAGAUGAAGCGUGAGGAAGUCGAAGCUCGUCAGGCCUUGACCACCACCACCACUGCUGCCCCGGCCUGCACACCAGCUCAGAACCGCCCGAGCAGCAUGCCAGCCUACGCCGAAACGGGUUGCAAGAACACCAUCGGAACACUCGUUCCUACGGCGCGCUACUCGUCUGCCUGCUCUUGUGAUGGCGUCACCGCCUCAACUACCACACUUGCUACUCCGGUCACCACCAUCACUGUCACGACCACCGUUGAGGCCGCUUUCACGCCCACGGCCACACCCACGGCAUUCGUCCUCCAGGGAUCCGGUGACAGAAGCCUGUACGUGAGAGUCGAUGACCAAGGCGCGCUCCGCCUCGUUCGCGAUGCAUCUGUCGCCACGCCGUUCUACGUCGACAAGGCCGGUCAGAUGCGCAACCUUAACAGCCCGGACAAGGUCCUCGUGGACUACUACCAGCCCGACCCUGCCACCGCCAACGACAAGGUGUACAGCGACGUGCAGGGCACCGGAAACUACCCCAUUACUUGCUCGUACACCGGUCGCUCCAACGAUGCUUACUACGGCAACUGCCAGUCGAGCGGCUCCCCUACUGGAAACCCUGUGGUUUAUGGCUUUGGAUACUGCCCGAACCAGGGCGGCUACGUCUACAUGAUCCCCAACAACUCCAACGUCCGCUGUGCUGGAGGUUAUGCUUUCUUGGGCUUCUGGCUGCAGACCUACACCAAGGCCUAAGGAAACCAGGAGCUGAUUUAUUGUUUUCUAUUCUCAGAGAAGCAGACAUUUUCGUACGAGGCUGUUUCUUCUCAAGCAACUUCUUCUCUCGAAGAAUUGUAUCGGCCCUCAACUUUAUCUUAAUUCAUAGCUUUUGAUUUUUCAGUGCGGCGUUUUCAAUAAUUCAUUUCAAGACUAAAAUGAUAUUCCUUCACGCCAUGUGAUUAGUGAUGGUGUGCUCGAGAUGUUGGUUGUUUCUACGAGCUUAUUUCGCAGUAAAGAUGAGAUUAAUGAAAGAGAUUAAUGAAAGAUGUCGGGGC